AUGGUUCCCAAUAAAGUUUUACGAUUAUUCAGCAAGAAACAAGAGAAUGUUAUAGACCAUUCAUAUAUACGAAAGCCGUAUAAAGUAGAGUGGACAAAACAACAUGAAACAAAAGAAAGUAAUACAUAUAGAGCUCCAUUAAAAUUUGAUGACCUUGAUCCUUCAACUAAUUGGAGAAGACACCAGAGUACACCACUCUUGGUUGAUCCAAGAAGAUUGGCCACAAGUGGUUAUGAUCAUAAACGAAAUAAUUCUGAUGGCGAUGAAUGGAAUUACCAUAAACAAACUCCGUCUGACAGAAAAUAUGAUGUGACACUUGGUGAAUGGUUGUGUAUGAUAAAUGUUCCCGAUUCAGACAUUGCCAAACAAUUCAAUGAAGCUGGUGAGAGACAAAUAGAACAUCAAAACUUAUCCAAUGAUACUCAUCCGGAAGCUGUGUAUACUAGUAGAAGGUACAAAUUCGAAAGUCUUGAAUUACCAAAUAUAAUAUUUACCAAGACCAAUGAGCGGAGAGAACGGUUGGCUGUACGACAGUAUAUGGCAAAUGAAACUAGACUUUGUAAUCUUAAAUUAGAGAUGAUCCAUGCGGAAAAUUCAGUCACUGCUGCUGAAAUUUAUGAAAUAUUACAAUAUUUGUGA